AUGUUGCACUCAACCACCAUCGAGUCAGCCAGGGGGUUCUGUCCAACCUUGAUGAGUAACUUCUUGGUUCUUAGUGAUCAGCUUAAACCCACGCCAGGAUUUGAGACUCUUAUCUCCUACAGGCAGCAGGCUGGAGCCGACCUGUCCAGUGCAACAGUGCCUUGUGGCUGGAUGGUCGACUUUGGGUGUCUGGACCUUCAGAACCUAUCAACUGAUUUGAUGUAUGUGUCUAUCAGCCACAUCUCGGUUCUUGUGUUUCCUCUGCAUAGCGGACUGGCAAUGUCACCACCGUUAGUUGUUAUGAUUACGGGCUGCUCGUCAGGGAUUGGACUGGCUACAGCUACAUACCUAGCUAAGGAAGCCGAUCACAACUUCAAGGUUUAUGCCACAGUUAAGGAACUGUCUGACAUUAGUGAUCUUGAAGAGGCAGCUGGUGACUCAAAAGAUAAGAGCCUCUUCAUCCGAGAACUUGACGUGACUAAGAAGGUAUCAGUUAGGUCAGCGGUGGCAGAAAUCUUACAAGCAAAUGAUAAAAUCGACGUUGUCAUUACCAAUGCAGGAAUUGUAGCAGUUGAUUCUGAUUUAUACGAUGAAUCUUCCGAGAGCUUGGAUAUUGCUCAAGAAAUAAUGAACGUCAAUUUGUGGGGGUCUGCAAGAGUCAUGCAAGCUGUGUUACCGAGCAUGAAGAGUCACCAAUCAGGCCAUCUCAUCAAUAUUACAAGUGGAGCUGGUGUACAAGGGCUUCCCUUUGUAGGGUUUUACAGUGCAUCCAAGUUCGCAUUAGAGGGAAUGUCGGAAGGAUUGGCAGUAGUUCUUCAAAAAGGUUACGGGAUCAGGACCAGCAUCAUUGAAAUUGGAGCCGUUUCAACACCAUUAAAAAAAAAUGCCGAGGAGAAUGUGAAGGAAGCAGAUAUCUUUUUAAAUUGGGAUAAUACAACCUUAGUUCUCUUUAAAGAGUAUGCUGCGAAGGUUUUGCUACCGGCCAUGAACAUAUCUCGGCAUCCUAGGGAGAUUGGGCAACUCAUAGAGAAAGUUAUCCUAUCCAAUGAGCCUCACCUACGUUAUCAGUCUGAUGAGCAAUCAACUAAACUUGUUGCCUCCAUGUUGGUUGAUCCGACGGGGGAUUCCGUGAUUAAAAUCAACCAAGCCACUUUAAAUUGUGGUUAAAAAAGGAAACUAUU